ACCGGCAGGGAACAACAGCUGCUGUUGAUCAUUGACGACGGAUCUGCGUCCAGUUUCUCUCGCAUAAAGAAGAAUUUACAAUUUGAUGCUUUUAAAAAAUAUUUAACUGUAUGUUUAAACGGACAGCUCGCUGGAGUGGAGAAAGACAAAAUUGCAAAACAGCCUCCAUCUUUGAACUCGCCGCAUAUAGUAACUAUACUGUGUCCUGUUACAUAGGCUAUUUACAGUAUAACGUGUUCAUAUCGUUCUGUGUUUGUUAUUCAAUGAACUGAACAUAGACAAUCAUUCAUGUACAAACUUUGAUUGACGAGAAAUCAAGUGAGAGUUUGUGUCCACUGCCAUUGUACUGUUCAUAACAAAGUUUCAGAGACAGCAGAAUUAUCGCUCGACUGUUUCUUCUUCUUCUUGAAAAGUGAACAUGCGAGGCAGAUUCUCGUGGGUUUCUUUGAAACUUCUGCAUUCAAUCAAGUCGCCGGAGCUCUCUCGCUCGUGCUCUGGAUAUGUGUCUCGUGUCAGAUAUCUGAUGAGGUUGAAGGAGGAUGAUGAGGCGUGUCGUGAGGCACUGAAGUCCGGGAGUUUUCUGCUGUAUAAUAAUCUUGCACCACUACUGAAGAGCAACAGCAACAUUUACCAACCAGCUUUUCUGAAAGCUUCAGAUUUGGAGAAUAUACUGAAGAAGAUUGGUAGGGACAAAAACAUUGUUAGUGAGUCUGUUCUUCUGGGAUGCAAUGAAAAUGGAGAAGCACAGUUUUCACUGGAAGUGGGUGAUUUGGACCGCAGUGCUUUGGAACAGCAGUGUGGGGGGGUGUUUGUGGACCUCACAAAAGCUUUCUUCAUGUUAUCUGGACCAGAGGCUCCUAUUGUGACAAAAGGCCAAGCACUCAUCCGGUGGCACCUGACGAAUGGUUUCUGCAGUGCUACAGGGCAGCCCACUGUCAGGAACCAAUCCGGAAGUCACCGAAUCUGUCACAGCAGUGGGAUCACGUACUAUCCAAAAGUAAGCAACAGGUCUUCCGUCAGGCAGCAGAUGUCUCCGGUGGUGAUUGUGCUUGUUUCUGAUGGGAGCAGAUGUCUGCUGGGACGACAGGCCACAUUUCCUCCAGGCCUGUACAGCGCACUCGCCGGCUUUUGCGACAUGGGGGAGACAGUGGAGGAAGCCCUACGCAGAGAGGUGGCAGAGGAGGUGGGACUCGAGGUGGAGACCCUACAGUUCUCUGGAUCGCAGCAUUGGCCGUUCCCACAAAGCUCCUUUAUGGUAGCCUGCCAUGCAACUGUGAACCCAAACAAAACACAGGUGAGCGUAGACAAGGCAGAACUUGAGGAUGCGAAAUGGUUCACUUUUAAAGAAAUGACAGAAGCACUACAGAUAAAGAAACCGCCACGCAUCUCUAAAGGAGAGUCCCCUGCGUUCUGGGUACCGCCUUCUUUUGCCAUAGCCAAUCAGCUCAUUCAGGAAUGGGCCAAUCAGCAACAACUAACAAGAAAAUAACACAAACUUAACCUGGACAUUAUUUGCACAAUAUACAAAUACAUAAUGCAUUCACUUACCACUUAGACAUUUCUGUAGACUUGAAGAUGAUAUGGACAUGAAAACUUGGAAUUAUAACAAGAUUAUCACAUUGAUGUGGACUUUUACAUUUGUUAAAGGAUCCUUUAAUCAUUUUAAAAGAUGAUUUUGUUAGCUUGAAUGAAAAGACACUGAUUAUUGUUGCAGUUAUGAUUUAGUAACAUAAGAUGUGUUACUGUACAUCUACCUCAUAGUACAAAUAAAUGUUCACUCAAGAAAAUAUUUUAAAAACUUUAAGAGCAAUCAGAUUUUAUUUAAACAUAUGACCUGGAUCAUAAAACCAGUCUUAAGCAGCACAGUAACAUUUUUAGUAAAAGCCAAAAAUACAUGGUAUGUUCCAAAAUGAUCCAGUUUUCUUUUAUGCCCAAAAUCACAAGGAUAUUAAGUAAAGGUCAUUAUCCAUGAAGAUAUUUUGUUAAUGUCCUACCCGAAUUAUAUAAAAACUCAAUUUUUUGAGUGGAUGGCCUGCUACAGGGCUUCUGAUUAACAACUUCAAAGGCAAUUUUCUCAAUAUUUGGCUUUUUUACACCCUCAGAAUCAUGUAUCUCUGCCAGAUAGUGUCAUAACAAACCGUACAUCAAAAGAAAGCUUGUUUAUUCAGCUUUCCGGUGAUGUAAAAAUCUCAAUUUUGGAAGAUUGACCCAAAAGACUGAUUUUGUCAUCCAGGGUCACAUAUACAUAAUUGAUUACAUGCUACUGCAAUACUGAAAGAAUAAAGUGGGUGGUUAGAGUGUGCAGAAUGACAAUAAGAAUUAAUAAACAAUAACUACUAAAUAAUUAAGCUUUAUAUCUUUAUAUUAUCUUUAUCAGAUUAAUAACAGCAGGGUUUGCUGGAUUUUUCUUAUUCCUUGAAUUAAAAGAACCUAA